CAAAUUUGGUAAGCCACAAAUUUUUCAUCAGAUUGAACUAGAGAGGUCACUAUAUGACUCUUACACUACGCAGCAGAGGUGAGACGAAUUACCGCUGACUGAGUAAUCCUAGACCAGGAAGUAGAGGAAGCGAAAGAGUUCAGUAUCCUAUUAUUUCUUGCCUGGGUAACAGUGACACAUGUAGUUGGAGGCACGAAAGGUAGUGGUUUGCACUUUUCAAGCCUGUAGUGUAAGGCGGAAACUAUUGGAAAGACCAGCGGGACGCGAAGAUCGGAAGGGAAAGUCACAGCUUUUUGUUGCUCGAAUCUCUCGAGUAGCCAUGGAACAAACCAAGUCAAUAGCAGUACCUACACAAAGCGCUGUCUGGAUAAAUGGAGCUCUGGAGGCAGUUAUGAAAUAUAUACUGAAUUCAACAGAGACACAACAUAAUCACAGGUUGUACCUUAAUUCUUUGAAGCGUUACAAGACUUUUCAGGAAGAAUUGGAAAGUAAAAGCGGUAGAGGUGUGCAACUUUUGAUGUCUGGUAGUGUUGCAGAAAAUUUAUUUGCCAUCCAUUGGGUCUAUAAGGAUGGUAGAAGGGAGGCAAACAACGAUAUUGAUGUUAUGCUUGUUGAUUGCUCAAUAACAGUUCUAGAAAGCGGUCAAUUGGAAAGGUUAGACAUUUCAGAAGUCAUGGAGCUGGGAAGAAACCUUGACAUGAGAGAACAUACUCCAAUGAGGUCACAGCCUUUCAAAGUCAAAGCAGACUGCAGUUUGCAUAAAGGUCAAUCCACUGAAUCGAAAUCUUUAGGUAACCUUUUACCUGCAGCAGAAUAUAAGGGAGAAGGAGAAGAAAUGACCAUCAAGGGUAAAUCUAAGCAGGGAAAGAAAGAGGUCUUUCUAGUGCCAACUGACCAUCCUGGGUAUGUCUGGCUGAGUGAGCUUGAUGAAGAAGGAAACACAACAUUUAUGACAACAGUGAGCUUCAAAGGGUUUUGGUCUGAGGUUGUUAAUAAGACUGCUCUUUACUCCUUGGUGAGUGGUCCCCAGCUUCCUCCCGGAGGUGUUGCUGUAAGCGGACCAGCGUUGAGCAGAUGUGAUCGACCUGGAAGUAGGAAUAACUAUGCUCAUGAUUACGUUCCAUGCUUGCAUUGUGCUAAAUGGACAAGUUUGGCAGAGGGAUGGGCUGUAAGAAAACGCCCUGUUGAUUGGCCGAAACGAGGGUUAAUUUCAGAGAUUAUGAGUGAGGGCUGCCAUAUUGUUCCUGUUUCUCAUCAUCAAAAUGGUGACAGUCUACUUCAAACUGAGUGGCGGCUCUCCUUCUCUAAUGCAGAGAAGAAGCUUGUAGAUUCACUGACAAUUGAGCAACGUCAAAGCUACAUCAUGGCAAAGUUGGUCAUGAAACAAGUUAUUCAAGAAAUAAAGGACAAUCACCAAGAACCAUCUGUGGAGAAAACUCCAUCUUCCUAUCACUUGAAGACAAUCUUUUUGUGGAAGUGUGAAGAAAAGCCUUUGGAGGACUGGAACAACCUCCUUGAAUCUGUGGUUGAUUUGCUGAGUGCUCUGGUUGAUCAUUUACGGAAGGGAAGCAUUCCACAGUACUUCAUCCCAGAGAACAACUUGAUUCGCAACAUUCGGGAAAAUGUUCUCGUUUCUGUGGCGGAUGGAAUCACAGCAGCCUUAGCUGACCUUCCCAUGAUAUUGCAUUGUGUUUUCCUCACAGCCUACAAUACUCAGCUAGACUAUGAUGAGGGCAUUAGCCCAAUCUUAAGACUCGUGGAUUGCCAGUUGAAGAUCUUUCGUGAGACUGGUAUGGCUGGAGAUAAGUUAUAUCUGUACUUUAUCAUAAACUCUCUUAUUGAUUCUUUGUCUGCUGCAACUGUUGGAACUUCAGAUGAAUCACAGCCUCUAGAAGACCACAGAUACAUCUUGAAUAUUUAUCAUUUGUGUCACAGUAAAGCAGGAAGUGUUUUAGCACUACCAGUGCUACCAGUUUUGGGUGCAGCAGAGGUACACACAAUUAUGAUUCUUCUGUUUAAGUACUUGUUGAGUUUGUUACAAGAUGCACACAUCCUUGUUGUUUUACAAACUGAUGUGUUUGCCUUUAUGACAAGAAUUUUUACAAAAAAUCUUGUUUCAUUGUCUGUCAAAGAACAAGUGUUUACAGAGUGUUGUGAGGCAAGCCUUUGCAUGUAUCAGUCUGUUUGUGAACACCUUGGCAUUGCCCAAGAUUCUAAUCUUUCAUCCCGUGAAGAAUUAGGCACACUCAGUGGCAUCGACUUUAUUUUCUAUAAGAGUGCUGAGAUGGCUGGAAGGGAUUGCUUUAAGUUUGCUGCCAACCGAUUCAAGAACUUUCAACAAAGUGGCAGAUUGAACACAGUGAAGAGCUUGAGCUGGUAGAGACCAGGAGGGGGAAGGGUACUCAACAAAGUAUUUUACGGGGAGGUCCAACCCCUUACCCUUUUAUAUAACAUAUUGACAGAAAAAGUAUCCCUUUUGUAUACCUUUUAUUGAAAAAAAAAGUACCCUUUUCACAUACCUACUUAAGAACACUGAAACUGCUGCUUUAAAUGAAAAGGCCCUUUUAAAUACCUAAAUGACAGAUUUCCCUACCCUUUCAUAUACCUCAGAUUGUAAAAUCCCUACCCUUUUAAAUGCCUGAAGCCUGGAAAAGGUACCCCUUUUUGGCAGAAUCUCCCAGUAUAGGCCACAUUUAUAGGUAGUAUCCCCCCUGGGGGGAGGGGUAGAUAAGUCUUUGAUUCAUUGCAGGUUGAGUGUGGGAGUCUACAUAUACACUGGACCACACAUGUUGGGUGUUUAAUGAAACCAACAGUUUUUAAUAAUAUUAUUAAUAAUUACAAAGAGGGUUACUGUCUUUAUUUCUGAACUGCAUGGGAACAUGGAAUCUCAGAGAUGUCUUUCCAAAAUCAGUGAUGAACAUUUCUUAAUGAGAUAUAGCACACAAAUGAUCUAAAGCUCUCUGCUUUUUUGUUCUCACAACUGAAGUUUGAGUUGAACAAGUCUUGAGAGACUUAAAAAGUGGUCACGUCAAUCUUGUUUGAGCAAGAGGUUCACAGAAUAUUCAAAUGUAUUUAUAUAACUGACAAAAUCAGUUCAUCUCAUAUGCAUUUGUCAGUAUUUUCUUGGUCAUAAUUAUACAAACGCGUUUUCAAAUAUAUAUAUUGAAUAUUGAUAAAAAUGCGCUCACUCAGUCCAGUGAAAUGAAGUCACCAAUUAACAAGGCAUUUAAUGUAAAUAAACUUGUUGAAAACUACUUACUGGUCCCAUAAAUGCACCAGUAUUUUCUUUAUGGUUAAACACUUUUCACUUUUCAAAAUUCCCUGAAUAUAUUUCCCUCGCUUUUCUCUGAUAACAAUGAAAUAUCCUGGACUAAAUUAGGACGAAAAGUCAGAGACAUUAUAGUAACCUCAAACCUCCACUUACAGCCUUCCUUUCCAUCAAUUAAUAUUUUGACCUAUGGAGUUUUAAUAGUUUCUGCCUUCUUUGUUAAGGAAGUUAACUUUACACCAUCAUCAUUGAGAUCAUACAGUGACCUGAAACGUUUCCUCUGGUCUUCAUGCAAUGGUAUUUUACAAUAAAAAAUAUAUGUCAACUUUC